UGCGCUGAAGAGCGGGAAGAAGAAAACAGGAAAGAAAUGAUAAGACGCUGAAACGGAAACCCAAAAAAAAUUCCCAAAAAAAACUGUUCGAACAGAAAACGAAGCAAUUAAUUAAUUAAAUAAAAAAAUAAAAGAGGAAGAGAAAGAGGAAGAGAAGAGAAGAGGAGAGUGAGUGAGCGAUUAAGCGUAAAUCUGUAUGUAAACAUUGAUUUUGUUUCCUAAAUAAGUUAUUGGGUUUUUGAAUUCCAAGAAAUAGUUUGCUCAAUAAAUUCAAUGACCCGUCUUUCUUCCAGAUUCACCGUUUCUCUCUCUACCUUGCCUUUCUCUCUCUACAGACCACAGUCUGUUUGAUUCAGGGUUUAUGAAGAAUUGACGCAAAACCGAGCUCAGUAGCGUUGUAGAAUUCAUAGAGCCAGCCCCAAUCACUGGGAUAAGGGUGUGAAUUGAAGACUAGUGAUAUAUCAGCCUGUCAGCAUGAGUACACAAGGAUCUAGUGCAUAUCGACAAUGGAAUCUAAGAGAUGCUCAAAGGGGAGGCAUGAGAGAUUUGGACCUCAAUUAUCCGCCUCCUCGCGAGAACAUGGCUCCGACUGGUCCAUUGCGAAUACAAGCUCAAGGAAGUGGACAUUCUCAAGGACAAGCAACAACCGUUGCGGAUCUUGUUGAUGAUGAUGAUGUUGUUGUAAUAUCACCAAGGAAGUUUGAAGAAGCGAGGAAUAAUGCUCGAAGAAAUCAUUCUCGAAGAAACGGUAGAGUCAUAGAAGGUUUUUCUGAAGAAUUGACAAAUUGGUGCCAACUUGGAGAUCUUGGAGCUUUCAACUGGGAGCUUUCCUUCAAUUUCGAUUUCAUCAACAAAGCAGAGGAUACUAUACAUAGCGUUUCAGUGACUCCAGUAGCGCCCCAGACCCAGAGUGUGCCCCCGCCAGAGGCACCUACUUUCACUUGUGCAAUAUGCAUGGGCCAGUUGAUUGAAGAAACGUCAACAAAGUGUGGUCACAUCUUCUGCAAGGAGUGCAUUGACACAGCCAUAGCUACUCAACACAAAUGCCCUACCUGCAGGCAUAAACUUAGAAAGCGAGACACCAUCAGGGUCUACCUUCCAAGCAGCAGUUAAAUGGAUUUUGUACCUCCUAGCAGCGGAAUUUUAGAGGUAAAUGUCUCUAUUCUUAGGCAUUGCUAGUUGAUCUGACAGACACACACAGCGGUUCAGCUGCCCAAGGUUGCGAAUCUUAGGUUUCCAGUCGAAGACAUUGGUUUUUCAAGUCUCCACAGUUUCCGUUUUGAGCUUUCCUUCGAUAGUUGUAUGGAUUUAUUCAGUUGUUCCGCUGCUGGGAUGGUUUCGGUUUAAGAUUUAGUUUCGAAAACAGGCUUAGAUGUUGUUAUCCUUAGCUUCUUACAUUUUGUUACAGGCAGAAGAACUGGGAAGGCUGCCACUGGUGGUUGUGGUCUUCCAACAUUUUUUUGUAACAAUGUAAUUUGGCCGUCGGUAUAAAUGGAAGUUUUGACAACAAAUUUUUUUAACCUG